CCUGCAAAAGUAUGUUGGCAGGACCUUAGGAUCUCCACUACGAUAUAUUAUUAAAGCACAGUUGUUUUUAAAGAUCAUCAUACAAAAUACAUCUGGACAUACUAUGUAGAUCACUUUAUGCUCUGAUUGGCUGAAGUAAGUCUUUGGGUAAUUGUUAUGUUUACAGUAACUUUUAUUUCUGAUGGUGUUUCUUGCUAUGCCAUUUUCAGGUUAGGACUGUCCUUGACAUAGAAUGUGGAUUUGGUACCUUUGGGGCGCAUCUUUUUGAGAGAGAUCUCUUGACCAUGUGCAUUGCUAACUAUGAAGCAUCAGGUAGCCAAGUGCAAAUUACACUGGAGAGAGGCAUUCCUGCAAUGAUUGGUUCAUUUGCAACGAAGCAGCUUCCGUAUCCCUAUCUUUCCUUUGAUAUGGUGCAUUGUGCUAAAUGCAAUAUCGAAUGGUACAAAAACGAUGGCAUUUUCUUGGUUGAAGUGAACAGGCUUUUGAGGCCUGGUGGAUAUUUUGUAUGGACAUCGAAUUUGAAUACACAUAGGGCCUUGCGAGACAAAGAAAACCAAAAGAAAUGGACAGCCAUUCGUGACUACGCUGAGGGCCUUUGUUGGGAGAUGCUGUCACAACAAGAUGAGACAAUUGUAUGGAAAAAGACGAAUAAAAGGGAAUGUUACAAAUCAAGAAAAUUUGGGCCUGAGCUAUGUGGCCAUGAUCCAGAAUCACCAUACUACCAACCACUAAGCCCCUGCAUAUCUGGCACAAGAAGUCAGCGUUGGAUCCCCAUUGAACACCGUACCACCUGGCCAUCUCAGGCUAGGCAAAACUCAACAGAACUGGACAUACAUGGUGUGCAUUCAGAAGUCUUCGCUGAUGAUAAUUCAAGCUGGGACUCCAUGGUGCGAAACUACUGGUCUUUGCUAUCCCCACUUAUAUUUUCAGACCAUCCAAAGAGACCUGGUGAUGAAGACCCACAACCACCAUUUAACAUGCUAAGGAAUGUUUUAGAUAUGAAUGCUCACUUUGGUGGAUUUAAUGCUGCUUUACUGAAGUCUGGAAAGUCUGUAUGGGUGAUGAAUGUUGUUCCUACAAAUGCCCCAAAUUAUCUACCACUAAUAUUUGACCGUGGUUUUAUUGGGGUUCAACAUGAUUGGUGUGACGCAUUUGCGACUUAUCCAAGAACAUAUGAUAUGGUGCAUGCUGAUGGCUUUCUAUCACUUGAGAAGACCCACAAGCAUAGAUGUUCUACUCUUGACAUAUUCUUGGAAGUUGAUCGCAUCCUACGACCAGAGGGCUGGGUCAUAAUCCGUGACACCGCCCCUCUUAUUGAAGCGGCAAGAUCUGUUGUUACUCAACUCAGAUGGGAUGCCCGUAUUUUAGAUCUUGACAUAGCUAGUGAUGAAAAGCUACUCGUCUGUCAGAAGCCCUUUCUCAGAAAAUAAGGAGCACAAGCACAGUAGACACUGACACAAGAUAUGAACUUAUUCUUUCACCCUAUACUGUUACAGUUAUUGUCUGAGCAGAACUGAGUACAAAAGCUUGGGACGAAAACACGGGAAGGUGCCAUUAGAUUGGUUAGUAAGUGCAUGCUGCAGAGAACAGGCUUGGUGGCAAAGCUUUCCAGGCCAAGGUUUUAUUGCCAAGAUACAGAGAUGAAGCCAUGAAAUUAGUUUAGUGGUGAAAACCAUAUCCAAUAAAGGGAUGACGCUGCGGUGUACAUAAUCGCGGUCAAUGUGCCAUAUAGGUAUAAUUCGUUUUCUCCUUAUUACUGUUUCUCUUUUUUUUUGUAGUUGUACCGAUUUGUUUUUGUAUCUUGUAUGUAAAUUGAUUGGUCUAUAUACUGGUCAUCCCAGACUACAGUCUAGUGAAACCAAUAUAAUUAUUAUUUGGAGAUGAAUGAUAAGCAAGAACAA